GAUGAGCAGCACUGUGGCUAGCCCGAUGUCAACGAUUGCCUCUUCAAGUGGUGGAAGAAAAUCGACAAGCUUUACGCCUGAAUUGCAAAGCAUGAUGUUUUCCUUAGGAGAUGCUCGCAGACCACUCCAUGAAACUGCCAUUCUGGUGGAAGACAUCGUCCACACGCAGCUGAUAAAUUUGUUGCAGCAAGCAGCUGAAGUUUCUCAGCUGAGAGGAGCUCGAGUCAUCUCUGCUGAAGAUCUCCUGUUCUUAAUGCGCAAAGAUAAGAAAAAGCUUAGAAGGCUACUUAAAUACAUGUUUUUUCGAGACUACAAAUCUAAAAUUGUCAAAGGAAUAGAAGAAGAUGACCUCCUUGAAGACAAAUUCAACAGUAACAACACCAACAAACGGCAGAAGCUUGCUCAAGACUUUCUCAACUCCAUUGACCAGACUGGAGAGCUCUUAGCCAUGUUUGAAGAUGAUGAGAUUGAUGAUGUCAAGCAAGAGAGGAUGGAGAGAGCAGAAAGACAAACACGGAUGAUGGACUCGGUCCAGUACGCAGAAUUUUGUGAAAGUCGUCAGUUGAGUUUUUCAAAGAAAGCGUCCAAGUUUCGUGACUGGCUGGAUUGCAGCAGCAUGGAAAUAAAGCCAAAUGCAGUUGCGAUGGAGAUUUUGGCAUAUUUAGCAUAUGAGACUGUGGCACAGCUGGUGGACUUGGCCCUUUUGGUUAAGCAGGACAUGGCUCCCAAAGCUGGUGACCCAUUCAGUCAUGCCAUAUCUGCCACCUUCAUACAGUAUCACAACUCUGCUGAGCCACAUCUCCUAGGGCAGUCUGCAAGUGUGAAGACCAGCCUGGACUCUCCGGAAAACACCCCGCCUCCUACACCCACACCCCCAGCCUCCGUAGGGCAGCAGCAUCUCGGGAAAACCGCAUCAGGAGCCCUGGGGAACGGUGGAGCUGGACAGGACUCUACCAAAUCCAAACAAAGGAAAAGAAAAAAGAGCACUGCAGCCUGUGGUAUAGAGGCUCAAAGCGAUGCCAUCCAGCCCAGCCACAUCAGAGAGGCCAUUCGACGCUACGGCCACAAGAUUGGCCCACUUUCCCCAUUCACAAGUGCCUACCGCAGAAACGGGAUGACUUUUCUCGCCUGCUAAUAGGGAUGUGGCUACAGCAACAGGAAAGACAGUGUUAUAUUAAGGUGAUUUUCUUUUCCCCUCCACGGAAGGAAAAAAAAGACAAGCUGCAAUGUCUCCGUGUACCAGUGAGUGGGCUGGUUUGUUGUGACUAUCUGCUGGCUGCCUCUGACUCUUUUUCCAGCCCCCUCAAUCGUUAUUCUUGUUUACUAGCUGGAACAUUUAGCUAAUUAAUGGCAGGAUGUUUGGGAUAGCGUGUAGGUGGACAAGAAUGCAGAUCAGACAAUGCUGAAGUUUGCAGGGGACUUGCUGCUGUCAGCCGCUUUCUGAAACGCGAUGUCAUUUUUAUUUAAGUGUUUGGAAGUCUGUGUGUUCUCCAAGAGAUGUUGUUUUGUCAAGCAGGAUGGGGCAGAAAGAGGCCAGAGAUAGACUG